UCUCUAUCUCCUCUCUUCCUCUUCUUUUGCAUGCCUCAACAGCUUCUCCCACAAUUCCGCAUGAAAUCCCCAAUUUAGAACCCAGUUUCUCUUCGCAAAUUCAUUUAUCAUCAAUUUUAUGAUCUGGGUUUCUUUAUUUUGCUCCCAUUCAUUGCAUUAUCUCCAUUUUUCUCUUUUUUUGACCUUUUUUUGGGAUUUUUUGGUUGGGUUUUGAGGAAGAAGAAGAAGAAGGCCAUGGACAUGGAGAUACAGGAGGAGAUGGAGAUGCUGUUGAAUGAGAUACCCCAUGCCACAUCUCCACGUCUCCAUCAUCAUCAUCAUCAUCAUCCUCAUCAUCCUCAUCACAUUAAUCAUCAUGACCAUGGCCAUGGCCAUGGUCAUCAUCAUCUCCAUCAUGGUGGACAUGGUGGGUACCCCUCUCAUGGUAAUGGUCAUGGCAUGGAUGAUGAUGGCGUGGUGAAGUACCAUGUCGUGCCCAUCCAUGGCAUGUAUGGUGCGGCCGCCGAUGACCCAUCGGCGUUCCGUGGCCUCCAUCAUGGCCAUGGCAUCAUGGAUGGCCAUGCAUGUUUGUCCCCGCCCCCGUUCCUCUCCGACGAGUCCCCGGCCUCGAGCUCCCUCUCCGGGACACCGUCUCCUAUGGGGGACGACGAUGCCGUGGGGAACGAGCGAUUGGUGGAGAAGCUCCUCUCCAUGCACAUAACCCCUCCAACAAUGGCUCAAUCGAUUUGUGAGAACAACCCAAUUGACCCAUCUCUCUUUCGUAGUCAUUCUCAGUAUAAUUUUGUGAAAAACGGCGUCCAAACUGAUGUUAAUUCGACUCCGAGCUCUGUUCUUGCGCAAUCCCUGUUGUUUAAUGAAAGUACGAUGCAUUGUUCUUCGGAUUUUCAUCCGAAUGAUGCUACCACCCUACAAAGAGGGUUUUCUCUGUGGGGAGAGGAAGAAGAGCAUGUUGAUCAUUUCUUUCCAGGAAUGGAUGCUGGUGAUUUCUUUCCUGCAAUGGAUGCUGAUGAUUUCUUUCCUAGUGCAUUUUACAGUACAGUGCCGAACGGAGAAUCUGUAUUGUCUCCAAGUUGUAUAAGUUCUCCAAAUGCACUGCAUAAAAAUUAUCAAAACAUCGAGAAUUUCGGAUUCAAAGAUAGCUUUGAUGUAUACGGUAGAGGGAUAAAUGAGUUCUCUCUGAAUAGUUUGGAUUCUCGAUGUUUGCCACGGAGGAACCGUCAAAAUGUUGAGAAUUUUGGAUUCGAGGACAGCUUAAUUAUACAAGGGAGAGACCUGCAUUAUGCGGGUAAUCGUUCAUUCGAGAACACGAAGUCGAGAAAGAAAAUGCAAUUUAAUGAGAAGUCGCAUUUUAGAGGAAACCGGUUUGAAAAUAUGGGGAGUUUGUGCAGCGUCAUGUGUCCUAACCUUUGUAAGUCUCCGAAUUUUUCAGUGAAGGAUGAAAGUUUGAUGGAUGUGAAAGGGAAAGCGACGGACCAGCAAGGAUGUAGGGUUUUGCAGCAUAAGUUAGAUGAAGGGAAACACAUGGUGGAUGCGAUAUUUCAUGGGAUUGCUGAUCAUGUGGUGGAGCUCAUGGAGGACCAGUUUGGGAAUUAUCUCAUGCAGAAGCUCCUGGGUGUUUGUGAUGAAGAACAGAGGAUGAGCAUCGUAGUUGCAUUGACAAAAGAUCCUAUCAAUCUUGUUGGAAUCUCUCUUAAUAUGCAUGGGACAAGAGCAGUACAGAAGCUGAUAGAGACUCUUAAAAUCAAGCAACAGAUUUCUCUGGUUGUUUCAGCCUUAAAGCUGGGUUUUCUAGAUCUCAUCAAAGAUCUUAACGGCAAUCAUGUGUUACAAUGUUGCCUGGAACGUCUUCCGCUGGAGGAUAAUAAGUUUAUUUUUGAUGCUGCUGCAAUUCACUGUGUCGAUAUUGCAACACAUAGUCAAGGCUGUUGUGUCCUGCAGCGAUGCAUUAAGCAUUCUACUGGUAAAGAACGAAUGGCGUUGGUCGAAAAAGUUUCUGCUAAUGGAUUUCAACUAGCUCAAGAUCCAUAUGGAAACUAUGCUGUUCAAUGUGUCAUGGACUUGGAAAUCCCAAGGGUAAUUGUGAACUUGAAAUCUCAAUUCGAAGGAAAAUAUGUCCUGCUCUCGACGCAAAAAUUCAGCAGUAAUGUGGUGGAGAAAUGCCUUACAGUUUUCGGAGAUGAUGACAGGGCAACUAUAAUAUUCGAGCUACUCUCUGUAUCUAACUUUGAUCGACUACUUCAAGACCCUUUCGCCAACUAUGUAAUAUACUGUGCUAUUCAGAAUACCAAGGGUUCUCUUCAUGCUGCACUGAUCGAGGCCAUCCUUCCACACGCGCCAAUGCUCCGAACCAGCCCGUAUUGUAAGCGCAUCUUUGCACUAAUCCUGCCAAGGAAGUGAUGCUGUGUUGUGGUUCUUCCGUUGUUUACUGUAGCUCUUAGAGUUUUGCUUUUUCUAAAUUUGGAUUUUUAAAAAAGCUCAAAAUGUGAUUAGGUGUGGAGUUGUAGAAAUAAGCAAAUUUUGGAGUUCUUUGCUUUUGCGUCUGUUGUAAUAUCGUGUUGUCUAACUAGAUGUCUUCCUCGUGACGUGUUUGUAUAGUUUAAUUACUGUAUUUUUUGUGAAUUUUGUUUUGAAUCCA